AUGGUUCAAGACUUGUAUUUCGAAGUUUUGCGUAAAAAAUCGCAUUAUUUCCUCGAUGCCAAAGAAACCGCUACAAUCAAAGACUUGAAGUUGAUGAUUCAAGGGAUUUUGAAGGUAAAUAAAACUUUUUGCAAUUGAAAUAAAUAUAGUUUGAUGUUUUAAGUUGGAUCCAUCGUCAAUUGAAUUGUGGAAAUUGGAAGAAGAGGGGAAAAAGUCAGUUCUUGUCGAUGCAACAACUUUGGCCGAUUGUGGCUUUUCGGCAACAAAUGCAAAGGUUAGUGGAUUUUCAAAACCUGUUUCAUUGUCAAAAUCUAUCAAUGAAACUUUUCAGGCUCAAAUGCCAGCUCAAUUAGGUCUCCAAAUCCGUGGCGAAGAUGAAGAUGUAAAAUUCGACGAUGUUUCUCUUCCUCCACCAAUUCCAGAUGCAUUGCAAGGAGCUCGUGGUGACAAUGCACCAACUGACUAA